UGUGGCUCAGAUGUCAAAUAAAUAGAAAAGAAAAAAAUCAUACGUUAAAAGAUACAGUAACUUGUAAAGCAAUUCAAAGGAAAAUGGUAUGGAUGUGACUAACAAAUCAAUAGCUUUAAUAUGUGUUAUUGUUAUUUCAUAUCAUCACGCUUUUUCAAUGAUAUUUGAUGUAGUAGCGCAAGAGAAUGAAUCAUGUUUUGAUAUUUCGCGUUACUGCCCUGGAAGAACAGUCCUACAUGAAUUUAAUUCACAGAAAUGCUUUUAUUGUCAGCUAAAGAACGUCUGCAAUGUUAUGCACACACUCAUCUAUUGAAUAUGCUGGGUUUUCUUUCACUAUCCGUCGUAUUUACAAAAUCACCCCCCCCCCAAUACAAGAACUUGUUCCCCUGUGUGAUGGUUACUUAACGAAUGACACUGGUUUGCUACUGCCCAAGACACCUAUAAUAUAUACAAAAUAAGAAACGGCAAUGUGAGCGUUUGCUUUCCCUGCUAAAUAAUUUAAGCUUUUGGCUUUAUUUAUGCCGCUUUCUAUUCAUGCAUUUAGGUGAUGAAUAGAAUACCUGAAGAAUAGUAGCCAAUGUAAGGUAUUGGUUAUAGGUAUCUUUAUACUCUUUCAUAUAAAUUCA